ACCCAAAUGGAACAGCCCAGAUCCUUCUACUCUGGAAGAGGACCCAGCAGUACUGGACAACUGGUCUUUGGGAUGGUCAUAUUUUCGGUAAAGUGCCUGAGAUGAGAGGCUCGCCCAUCAACUUUCCAUUUACCUCAAACGAAAAUGUAAGUUAUUUCACUUAUAUAGUAAAAGUGGAAAACGCCAUAUAUUUUAGGUACGUGGUCGAUUACACCGGACAGGUCAAGCUAUUCAUAUGGGCGAAGGGUAGAGUACAGUGGUUAAAUUUCUGGGUUGGGCCCGCAGAGGAUCAAAUCUGCAGUGUCUAUGGCCUCUGUGGAGCUUUUGGGGUUUGUAAUCGGGAGAACUUGAACCACUGCCAGUGCCUCAGCGGGUUCGAGCCUGCAUCUUUUACAGAUUGGGAACUGAAUGAUUGGUCUGGAGGGUGCAGAAGGAAGAAAAAGUUGGGCUGCGGAAGCGACCAGUUUGCCUUGCAGACGGGGAUGAGGCUUGCUUCCAAUGUCAGUGUUGCGACGGUAGCGGAAAGUGCCGAGGGAUGUAGAUCGGCUUGCUUGAAAGCUUGUUCAUGUACAGCCUAUUCUUAUCAGCACAGCAAGUGUUCCCUGUGGAAAGGAGAUCUUUUCAAUCUACAACUGUUGUCUGAUGGCAGUGGAGACGAUAUUUACAUUCGACUAGCAGAGUUAGAGACACUCAACAAUGAGACCACGAAGAAACAGCAGCCCACUGCCCUGAUCAAUAGAGGUGCAAUUGGAGGUGGUGGCAGGAAACACUGGCGAGUUACAAUUUCCCUGACUGUUACUCUGGCGGUGAUGCUAUCUGCUGCCACAGGAGCCUACAUUUUCUGGAGGUGCAAGACUAAAAUAAUAGGAGAAGGGGAAGAGAGCAGAGGGCAAGAGCUACCGAUGUUUGAUCUGGGAGAUAUCAUGGCAGCAACCAACAAAUUCUCUGAAUCAAACAAGCUUGGACAGGGAGGCUUUGGUUCUGUUUAUAAAGGUAAUCUUGCAGGAGAGCAAGUGGCUGUGAAAAGGUUGUCCUUGGAAUCAGCGCAGGGGCUCGAGGAAUUCAUGAACGAAGUGAAGUUGAUAGCAAAGCUUCAGCACAGAAACCUGGUUGACCUUUUAGGGUGCUGUGUCGAGGGAGAAGAGAAGAUUUUGGUCUACGAGUUUAUGCCCAACAAAAGCCUCGACAAAUUCCUCUUCGAUCAGACAUUGGACCCGCCGUUGAACUGGGAGAAACGCUUUGAGAUAGUGAUGGGGAUUGCUCGUGGGCUUCAGUAUCUCCAUCAAGAAUCUAGGCUCAAAGUGAUCCACAGGGAUCUCAAAACAAGCAACAUUCUGCUCGAUGGAGAGAUGAACCCAAAAAUUUCAGACUUCGGACUAGCCAGAAUUCUUGGUGGUGAUCAAACUCAAGCAAGUACUGUCAGAGUUGUAGGAACCUAUGGGUACAUGCCGCCAGAAUAUGCAUUGGAAGGGCGCUACUCCGCCAAAUCUGAUGUCUUCAGCUUUGGAGUCAUAGCCCUCGAGAUUGUGAGUGGGAAGAAGAUGACAAGUUUCCAAGAUGCAGAGGACUCCAUGAAUCUAUUAGGACAUGCAUGGAAGCUAUGGAAUGAGGGCAAGGGAUUGGAUCUCCUUGAUCCAUUAUUAGGAAAACGAUGCCAAUUAUAUCAGGUGAUGAGGUGCAUCAAUGUGGGCCUGCUGUGUGUUCAAGCGAAUGCAACCGAUCGUCCAAAGAUGUCCUCCAUUGUCCUUAUGCUAAGCAGUAGUUUCUCUGCAACUCUGCCAGUACCUAAGCAGCCAGCCUUUUCUUACAAAGAUAGACAUCGGGAAUUGGGUUCAUGUCCUAUGGGAAGUGAACCAUCGACAACCCCAAUUUCAAUGGUGGAAGCCAGAUAAUAGUCAAGAAUACAAGAAUUGACGGUUUCAGAGGAUCGUUAUUGGUUUUGAUGUUUCUGAAAUAAUUGGACCAAAUUUGCUGCAAAAUAUGAUA